CACCCCGCAAUAAAAGAUUCAUUUCAUGCUUGCAGCUCCACUGACACUAGUAACAUAGCGACCAGAGUCACCGGAUCAAUUUGCAGUUGCAGACACUCGAGACCUGCGGCCUAGGCUAGGUACUAGCAUUCGUGGCCGGGGAGGUAGCAGUGGUGGAUCCAUGGCCGUGGGCGCGGCGAGCAGGCGGUACAUCGGGCCCCUGCUGUGCAUCAACCUCGUCAUGCACGCGGCCGUCCUCGGCAUCGCCGGCUGGUCGCUCAACAAGUUCAUCGACCGCGAGACGCACCGCCAUCUAGGAGGCAACACGGCGACGGGGUACCUGCUCGUCUUCUCGCUCAUGGCCGGGGUGGUCGGCGCCUGCUCGGUGCUCCCCGCCCUGCUCCACGUCAGGGCGCCCUGGCGCAGCGAGAGCCUCGCCGCCGCCGCCUCCACCGUGCUCGUCUCCUGGGCGCUCACCGCCCUCGCCUUCGGCCUCGCGUGCAAGCACAUCACUCUAGGGAACCGAGGAAGGCGCCUGAGGACGUUGGAGGCGUUCAUCACGAUCUCGACGCUGACGCAGCUCUUCUACCUGCUUCUGCUCCACGCCGGCGCCUUGAGCGGGGUGCAUGGAGUUGGACAGGCCUGCGGGAGCCACGGCGAAGCCUGCUGCCGCGAGAUCCCUCGGGGAGAGCUCGCCGCGGACCAUAAGACGGCGGGAGGGGUUCCGUCCCCGGAUGCAUGACCAAGCGUACUACCAGAAACUUGAAUUGUACUGAGUGUCAACAACUGUAUCGAGUGCAGUUCAUCGGCCACUCGUAUGGUAAGCAAUUUGCCAGGCGCAGGAUGACGUACUCGGAUUUCUGAUUAUUUCCGUAGGCCCUUGGUAGAGAAAUAACACUCAGGACAAUAGGGAUACAUGUCAUCUGAGACGCAGAUGAUGGAAAUACAGACGGACUUUAUCUA